AUGCGCGCCGGGGAUCGGUCGACUCGACGGGCUCGCGGGCUAUCCGUGUCCAGCGUGAAGAGCCUCGAGGGCACGGGCUGGUGGAGGCGAUCUUCGUGGGAGGGGACCGUCGCCGGCCAGAGACUCAAAGUGAGGACGAAGACCUUCAAGUUCCUGGAAGAGCCGACGGAGGAGGAACUCAUCGUGGAGCUGAGCCUGCUGCACAGGUGGAUCCCUCUGAUGGUGGAGCUUGGCGACAGCUUCGAUAUCGACCUCAACAGCCUCGACGACGAGGCAGCGUUCGGUGAGGUCGAGAACAUGCUGUGCGUUCUGAAUCAUUGA